AUGAACGCUUGGCGUACGGUGGCUGCACUGAUAAGCAUCGUUGCAAUGCUCACGAGUGCCUGUGUUGAUAUGAAUAAAAGUUGUUCCACUUGGGUACGAAACGGUUUCUGUACAUCGAAUAACUACACCCCGGCACAAAAACAACAAUAUUGUGCAGCUUCAUGCAAUCUUUGUGGAUCAUUGACGUCAGGUUGUGUGGACAUGAGCAACCAUUGCGGAGUGUGGGUGUCAAACGGUUUUUGCAAGAGCUCAGCGUACACUGAUGCCCAGAAAGCGCAGUAUUGUUGUGCGAGUUGCCACAUCACGUCGACAAUGAGUACAACAGCUUCUACCACCCAUUAUUCUUCCUCGAGCCACUCCCCAUCAACCUCCGGCUCAACUCACUCCGGCAGCACUAUGACAACUACAAAAGCUUCUGGA